AGGAAAACAGCAGCUUCUUCCAAGACGCAGACGGAGGGAACAGUGCGACAAUUUAAAGAUUUAACUUCACACGUCUUUUUAAAAUGUUGAUUAACCGACGGACUCACACACGCUGAGCAGGGGUUUUACUUUAUUUCUGUAAAUCAAAGCCGGCAGACGGCUGUUAAAGAUGGUUUUACAGAACAGUGGCAGGUACAGAGCGGAGCGGGGACAAGGAGCAGGAGGAGACCAGGAAAACCAGUAAGCUGUUUAACAUCAUUCACAAAUGAAUAAAGAAAACUAGUCGUUAAAUAUAACUAAUAUAUAUGUUUCAACCAGGGAUGAUGGAUCCUCCAUGUCAGCCCUCAAGCGGCUGGAGCGCAGUCAGUUCACCGACGAGAUGGACGCUCGCUUCGGCUUCGACCGGAUGAAGGAACCGGGGGAGAAAACCGGCUGGCUGAUCAACAUGCAUCCAGUGAGCCCCUAACUGUGUAGUGUUAUGAGCGUUGUAUGUCAGAUAAUGAUGGAUAAAAGAUAAAAAUGUUGUUUCCUGUCCUAUUCCUGCUUGCAGACAGAAAUCCUGGAUGAUGACAAGAGGAUGAUCAGUGCUGUGGACUAUUACUUUAUACAGGAGGACGGAAGCAGUUUCAAGGUCCUAAUUGGGCACCAGUUUAUCAGACUAGCACCUGUCGUCUUUUAAGACACUUUCUCUAACUCGUUUCUAUUGAUUCUGUCUGCAGGUGGCUCUACCAUAUAAGCCAUAUUUCUACAUUGCGACGAAAAAGGUAUGUGAGUGUUGGUUCUUUACCUAAAGGGGUUGGACAAUGAAACUGAAACGCCUGGUUUUAGACCACAAUAAUUCAUUAGUAUGAUCAUGGGAGAUGUUCAGCUUCACUCAUAUGUUCAUCAAACCACUCUGUCCACUCAUCCCGGCCGAGGGAAUGCCAUGAUAUUGCAGCCCAAACCAUCACUGAUUCACCCCCAUGCUCUGGGCAUGCAACAGUCUGGGUGGUACGCUUCUUUGGGGCUUCUCCACACUGUAACUCUCCCGGAUGUGGGAAAGACAGCAAAGGUGGACUCGUCAGAGAACAUUGCAUGUUUCACAUUGUCCACAUCCCAACAUUUUCGCUGCUGGCACCAUUGAAACCGACAUUUGGCAUUGGCACGAGUGACCAAAGGUUUGGCUAUAGCAGCGUGGCCGUGUAUAUUGACCCUGUGGAGCUCCCUACGGACAGUUUUGGUGGAAACAGGAGAGUUGAGGCAGCUGUGGUUUUAUGUUUUUCAAUACAAUCUGGGUUAGCACCCGGGCAUCCCUUUCAGACAGCUUCCUCUUGCAUCCACAUUUACUCCUGUUGGAUGUGGUUUGUCCUUCUUGGUUAUGCUGACAUAACCCAUAAUAUUGUGUGCAACUGCAUUGCAAUAUUUUAAGCAAAACUGCUAUUGCUCUGCUAAUUGAACCUUCACACUCUGCUCUUACUGGUGCAAUUUGCAAUCAUUGAAGAUUGGCCACCAGGCUGGUCAAAUUUAGCCAUGAAACCUCCAACACUUUCAGUUUCAUUGUCCAAUCCCUGUAUCUCAGCAUGUUUAAACCCUGAUCUGAAAGACAACUUCAUUUCCAGAACUGUGAGCGAGAGGUCAUCUCAUACUUGUCUAAGAAGUUUCAAGGAAAAGUGGCCAAGCUUGAAGUUGUGCCCAAAGAGGACCUCGACCUGGUGAGAACUACUCUAUUAUACCAUGUAAUUACAACGACAAUAAUAAGAGACACCCUCUUAACAUGUUGUACCACGUUGACUUUUUGUCCUCAGCCGAAUCAUCUUGUAGGGCUGAAGAGGAGCUACAUCAAACUGUUGUUCAACACUGUGGAUGAUCUCAUGAAAGUGAAGCGUGAGAUCUCCCCGGCAGUACGCAAGAACAGAGAGAGGGAGCAGUCAAAUGAUGGCUACACCUCCAUGUUGUCAAGGUAUAUAAUCAAUCAAUCAAUUAUAUUUUAUUUCAAUAGCACCAAUUUACAACAGUCGUCAUCCCAAGACGCUUUACAAAGAAUAAUAUCAGGUCUAGAUCAUGCUCAUGGUUUGAUGAAUUAUUAAGACCCAAUGUAAGAUGGGACAGAGUUAACCCAUCUCAUCUAACAUAAGUGACAGUGGAAAGGAGAAACUUCCUUUUAACAGGCAGAAACCUUGGGAAGGACCAGACUCAUGCUAGACAGCCACCAGGCUGCUGCUAGGUUGGGGAGAAAUACAGAGAGAGAGAAAUGGGAGAGAAAGAGAACAAGGGAGAAGAGAAUGCGUAAGGGAGAGGGAGGGAGAGAGAAAAGAGAACUAGGGUGAGAAAGAGAGACAGGGGACAGCACCGCAGUAUAUCUCUGAUCUCUUAAAUGUUUAUACACCCUCAGGUUCCUUGAGGUCUGCUGAUCAGCUCCAACUCAUGGUUCCAAAAACUCGUUUAUAAACCCGUAGGCAACCGAGCUUUCUCAGCUGUGGCUCUUAAAUUAUGGAAUGAAUUGCCACUGGAGAUUAAAACAUCCCCCACUCUUUCUACUUUUAAAUCACAUCUUAGAACUCAUUUUUAUUCCUUUGCUUUUAGCUCAGCAUGAGAGUUGUGUGAUCUCUGUCUUUUAUGGUCCGUUUAUCACUUUUAUUUCUUUUAUGCUUUUGUAUUUUGAUUUAAUUUCAAAUUUUUUACCUGUUUUUUUUUUUUUUUUCUCAUCUUGAUGUUUUAUGCAGUUUGUUAUUUUAAUCUUAUUGUGCAGCCCUUUGGUAAACUUUGAAUGUUUUUUAAAAUGUGCUAUAUAAAUAAAGUGGAUUGGACAGCAGCAACAUUAAAACAACAACAGCAGCUCAUGCAAAGUUGUGGUUGCAGAGCAAGUAAAGAUGAAACAAUAUGAAUUUAGUUUACAGGAUUAGGAUAUAAGUAGUUAUGGACUAUGUUAAAUUAAUUUAAUGUGAUUACGGUCAGCGGGCCUAAUAGUAGUUAAUUUUAGCUUUAUGAUAUUAAUGUCGGUGAGGCUGACUUUCAUGUCUGCUGCAACAGUCCGGAGGAACCUAAGAGAAAGUGUGUAUCUAUUAAUAUUGAUAACAUUAUCUGCUCCAAUGAGUUAGUAAUAUUCAAUAUCAUCCACAAUUUCAGCUCUGUUUAUUAAUAGUGUAUUAUUGAUCUGUUAAAUGCUGUAUUUACAGUGCCUUAUCAGGUGGCAAUGUGACUACUGCGGAUGAAGAGGGCACGAUGAAGAGCAUUUCAGACCAGCUGGACAACAUAGUGGACAUGAGGGAAUAUGAUGUGCCCUAUCAUGUGCGGUUGUCCAUCGACCUCAAGAUCCAUGUGGUAAAGGAGGAUUUCUUUCCUUCUCUGAAUGUUUUCAGAAAGAAGAUAAACACAGUUUGGUGUUUUAAUCUGCUGCUUCUGUCUCUCAGGCUCACUGGUAUAAUGUUCGAUACAGAAGCAGCGCUUACCCACCUGAGAUCGUACGAAGAGAUGAUCUUGUGGAGCGGCCGGUAAGAGGAUUUUAUAAAUAAUGAUGCAUAUGAAAUGUUCCUUUUGUCAGGUUUGUAUUUGACUUCCACUGAAUCCUUGUUUCUGGUUCUUUUCAGGACCCUAUUGUGUUGGCGUUUGACAUUGAAACCACCAAACUCCCACUGAAGUUUCCAGACGCAGAGAGCGAUCAGAUUAUGAUGAUCUCCUACAUGAUUGAUGGACAGGUAAUAUGUAUUCUAUUCAAACACAUACCAGUGGUUAAUUCCUCAGACAGUUUAAUGACGUUUUUGUUUCCUUUAAAGGGGUUUCUAAUCACAAACAGAGAGAUUGUCUCGGAGAACAUUGAGGAUUUUGAGUUCACUCCCAAACCCGAGUAUGAAGGGCCUUUCACUGUGUUUAACGAGGACGAUGAGGUAUAUGAGUGCUAUUAAAACAACACAAUACAGAAAAAUCAAGUGCUUGAAGAUCAUAUUUCAGCAUAUAAACAUGACUCUGUGUUUUCGUAAACGCUCUGACUCUGUCUGCAGGCAGGCCUCAUCCAGAGGUGGUUUGACCACAUUCAAGAAACCAAACCGAACAUCUUUGUCACCUACAACGGAGACUUUUUUGACUGGUAAGUUUCCCCGAUAAAGUGUUCAAUUGAUCACGUCUACCUUCAUUUCCUGAUCUUAUGUCUGCCCCCUCAAGGCCUUUUGUUGAGACUCGUGCUGCCCUGCAUGGACUGAGCAUGCACAAGGAGAUCGGUUUCCAGAAGGACAAUCAGGGGGAGUACAAGUCCAGCCAAGCCAUCCACAUGGACUGCUUCAGGUUUUGUCUACCCCUGUCUCUGUUGAAUGUGGUUUACAAACUCUGGGUUCGUUUACAUUAUUUUAAACUUUGUCCUUUUUUUCCCUCCCUUGUGUCAGGUGGGUAAAGAGAGACAGCUACCUGCCUGUGGGAAGUCACAACCUGAAGGCGGCAGCAAAGGCUAAAUUAGGCUACGACCCAGUAGAGCUGGACCCAGAGGAGAUGUGUCGGAUGGCAACUGAGGAGCCGCAGGUACAGAAACAGCAGAGAAAAUAAAAGUCUUCAUUGAGUUUGGUGUUUUGUUCAAUUGUUUCUUCACUUUUCUCUGCUCUUAGACCUUAGCCACCUACUCUGUGUCAGAUGCUGUGGCCACGUACUAUCUGUACAUGAAAUAUGUUCACCCCUUCAUCUUCGCCUUAUGCACCAUCAUCCCCAUGGAGCCUGACGAGGUUUGUCCAUUGGAAAUACCAUUUAUUGACUAUACUUCACAAAGAAAUUUCCAUUUUGAUUCUUCUUAUUUUUACUAUUUGCAUAAUUCUGUGUUACCAGGUGCUGCGAAAGGGUUCUGGCACUCUGUGUGAAGCUCUGCUCAUGGUGCAGGCUUUCCACGCCAACAUCAUCUUCCCCAACAAGCAGGAGCAAGUCUUCAACAAGCUGACGGACGACGGCCACGUUUUGGACUCUGAGACCUACGUGGGCGGCCAUGUGGAGGCGCUGGAGUCAGGCGUAUUUCGCAGUGACAUCCCUUGUCGCUUCAAAAUGGUAGAGUUUCACCCGGAACUUUCUAUUUGUUUGCCUGACUCCCUCCAGUCAGUUGGUAGAUUAUUGUCCAGACAUCAGUCGAGGGAUAUUUUCAGUUAAAGAGUUAAGAACCUAUACUUAGGUGCUCCACUUACACAUGACCAUUUUUUUGCUUGCUGAUGCGCUCUGAGUAAAUUGUAAAUAAUGAGGUUGUAAGGUUUCUUUAACAACUGAAUGGUUGGAUUAGAUUGGAUUAGAUUAGAUUGAAAUUUAUAAAUGUUCUUUAUUUAUUCAGCCCUUUACAACAACCCUUUUAGUGAACCAAAGUGCUUUGCAAUACAUAGUAAAUAUAAAUGAAUAAAAACGUAACAAAAGUAAUAAAAAAAAAAAAAAGAAUAAGAUACAAUGCAAUAAAAUAAAGUGUCACCACGCUACUGGGUAUUAAAAGCCAGCAUAAAUAAAUACGUGUUCAGUCGAGAUUUGAAAAGGCCCUGGUCAGAAAUAAGUCGCAUUUCGGUGGGGAGCUUAUUCCAAAAACUGGGACCAGCAACUGCAAAGGCUUGGCCACCCCGGUGUUUGUAUUUUGAUCUGGGCACUUCCAGCAGAAGUUGGUUUGAUGACCUCAGAGCUCUACCCGGCUCCUCAACGGUUAAAAGCUCAGUUAAAUAGAUGGGGGUGAGGCCGUUAAGAGCUUUAAUUUAAAUUCUUUAUUGAUCCUCUCAGGAAUAAUCCAUCAAGAAAAUUAGAAUUUCAUUAAAGACUGGAUAUCAUUUCUGUCAACCAAGUUUGUCUCUGGUUAUUUGGUACCUCGUUUAUGUUUUUGAUGCCUGUUGUGUUUACAGAAUCCGGCUGCAUUCGACUUCCUGAUGCAAAGAGUCGAGAAAACGAUGCGUCACGCCAUUGAGGAAGAGGAGAAUGUCCCUCUGGAGCAGGUCACGAACUUUAAUGAGGUGCGUUUGCUUUAUUUUUGUCCUCUAUCUUUAUCUAUCAUCUAUCAAGUCCUGUCUGCCUAAACUUAGGAAAUAUCUUUUGAUGCUUCUUCUUCUCAGGUUUGUGAUGAGAUCAAAAAGAAGCUGACUUCCCUGAAGGAGGUCCCAAACAGGAUUGAAUGUCCCCUUAUCUACCAUCUGGACGUAGGGGCCAUGUACCCCAAUAUCAUCCUCACUAACCGCCUGCAGGUAAAACACAAACAAGAGAGAAAUGCAUCAAACAAAAAGAAAGAAAAGAAAAGCAUGAAUUUAACGCUUUUCUGCUCUAACAGCCGUCUGCUAUGGUUGAUGAAGCCACUUGUGCCGCCUGUGACUUUAACAAACCCGGUGCUACCUGUCAGAGGAGGAUGACCUGGCAGUGGAGAGGAGAAAUCAGUGAGUUGAAUGUCGACUUAGAGACUUGUGGCUGCUGCCAGCAUUGCCUCUUUUGUGAUUUGGAAAAUGUCUUGUUUUUCUGCAGUGCCGGCGAGCCGCAGUGAGUUCCACCGCAUUCAGCAGCAGCUGGAGUCUGAGAAGUUUCCACCAUUUUUCCCCAACGGUCCACCGAGGGCCUUCCACAACCUCAACAGAGAAGAGCAGGCCAAACAUGAGAAGAAACGUCUGGCAGGUGCUCUCCUCAGACUUUAACUCGAGCGAUCUAAAAGUCCUGGUUUGCAAAACGCCGUGUGUGACCUGUCCUUUCACUUUUAGACUACUGUAAGAAGGCCUACAAGAAGACUCAUGUCACCAAGCUCGAGGAGCGAGUCACCACCAUUUGUCAGAGAGAAAACUCCUUUUACGUGGACACUGUGAGAGCUUUCAGAGAUCGACGAUAUGAAUUCAAAGGACUUCAUAAGGUACCCUUUUUGUGCUUUUAUUAGGGGUGUCAUGAUUCUACAAAUCCACGAUCUGAUUUAAUUUUCGUUUUUAGGUGACAAUUCAAUUCUUUUUCUUCUACGGACAGCAAAGAGUCUGAUGCAAUUUUAAAACUAGUCUAGUCUACAAUCAUUGAUUUUAUUCAUUACAUUUGUACAGUAAAUAUUAUUUCAAAAGAUUGGCUACAAACAAGUGACGCAGUUUCCAUUGUUCUUGUGUAAUGUAUCACAUCAGGCACUAAUGGUCAAAUUUAAAUAAUUUAUUUAACAAUCUUGUUUUCAGUGAACAAACAUAAUAACAACAAAAAUAUGAACUCACCAAGGCUUGCGUACAAUGUGUGGCGUUGUCAUUUACUUCCGCUUUCCAAACCUUUCAGAUGUUGAGGCAGGGGAUCAUCGAUCCUCUCUUUGAUUUCGAUUAUUGAGACCAUAACGUAAUUUUUAUCGAUUUUCGAUUAAAAAAUCGAAAUCGUGACACCCCUAGCUUUUCUUGAUGUGAAGUUCAUUAACGUGUGCUUAUAUCAGGGUUUGCCAUUUGGGGCAGGGACCUCAGUUCUAAAUAGAGUUACCUGAAAUAUAUCUCCAUCCACCAAUUAGACCUUUGUCCAUUAUUAUAAUGAUUAGAAAAAAAACUUCACACAGUGUAAAUUAGAUUUAUUCAAAGUUUUCCUUCAAGUUCCUUCAUACAUCAAAACAGCAAAGAGAUGGUAUGUUUGGGAUAAUGUGCUUUCUGGCUACUGUGCUAGUAGACUUUGUGAUGGUUUAAGAGAGUCUACGUUGAUGUGUAAAAGACAUGACUAACUCUCACAGUGAAGCGUCCUACUCUUCGUUUAUGAUCUGGCCUGAUUAAGAGCAGAUCUGCAUAUUUUUCUGAUUUGUUAUUUGGCUGCUCGGCUCAUUUGAUCACCACCCAGGAUUGAUUUUUCAGUUGUAUAAAUACAAGCUCAGCUGCCUUUAUAUAUCCAGCAAAAACAAAUCCUGUUUGAUGCUCUAAUCUCAUCUUGCAAUUCUGUCUCUGUCAUCAGUAAGAAACACAAAAAAGUCUGAUUGUGGCCCAAUGUGUGCACAUACUCGCAACAAAGUGUGUUUGUCUGAAAAAGCACAAGAUUUCUGUUCAGAGUUCUGUGUCGCACAAAAGUUUGGGAACCACAGACUUAGCCGAAGAGGAUGGAUAUCAGUUUGUUAUUCCUCACUUUUUUUGUGUGUUUGUUUCAGGUGUGGAAGAAGAAGCUGUCCGCAGCUCAGGAAAGCGGAGACGCUGCUGAGGUGAAGCGCUGCAAAAACAUGGAGAUCCUUUACGAGUCUCUGCAGCUGGCUCACAAGUGUAUCCUCAACUCUUUCUACGGCUAUGUCAUGAGGAAAGGGUACGUGCCAGCUACAGUUUCCACGAUACAAAUCAGCUACUGUAAUCUCCCCCUCUUUUUUGCAUGAGCUCUGUAGCUUCAGGCACUAGUGUUGUCUGUGCUUCUAUCAGGGCGCGCUGGUACUCCAUGGAGAUGGCUGGCAUCGUGUGCUACACUGGAGCCAACAUCAUCACUCAGGCCAGAGAGCUCAUUGAACAGAUAGGGUGAGUAUCACUGUUGCUAAAGUUCUUUUUACUUCACCUUCUGAUCAAAGAGAGGGCAGCUCCAACUCAGAUUGGGAUUUAGCUCUUUGUUAUAUCAGUAAAUUCUUGCAAACAUUUAUGGGCUUGUAUCCGGCUUCUGCAGCAUUGUUUGUAUGUGGACUUAAGAAUAUUAAAAUGUAUUUUUCCACCCCCCUCAGGCGGCCCCUUGAGUUGGACACUGAUGGUAUCUGGUGUGUCCUCCCCAACACCUUCCCUGAGAACUUUGUGGUGAAAACCAGCAACGAGAAGAAGCCCAAAGUGACCAUAUCGUACCCCGGGGCCAUGCUGAAUAUCAUGGUAAAGGAGGGAUUCACCAAUGAUCAGUACCACGAGCUGGUCGACCCUUCAACCCUCACCUACAUUACCAGGUCAGAGAACAGCAUCUUCUUUGAGGUGGACGGACCGUACCUGGCCAUGAUCCUACCUGCAUCCAAAGAGGAAGGCAAGAAGCUGAAGAAAAGGUUUGGCACUGACAGAUUUGAUUCAUUUUUAAAGUUUUAUUUAUGGGGAAAAAUAAAAAAGCUUCAAGAACAAAGAUAAAUUCUUCCCAAUGUUGUCCCACCUGCAUUCGUAUAAAAAUACUGCGUGAUUAUGACAAUUGAAUGAUGAUGACGCUGCUAUUUUCAGGUACGCUGUGUUCAAUGAGGAUGGCUCUCUGGCUGAGCUGAAGGGUUUCGAGGUGAAAAGGAGAGGAGAGCUUCAGCUCAUCAAGAUCUUUCAGUCAUCGGUGUUUGAGGCUUUCCUCAAAGGAACCACUCUGGAGGAGGUGUAUGCCUCUGUGGCCAAAGUAGCCGACUAUUGGCUGGAUGUUCUCUACAGCAAGGUACAAAUCUCUGACCAAAUAUCUGACAGCUUGAUUAACUGUUGAUUAUUAUUGUCCUUUACAAAAAGCCGAUUGACUUAUUUGAUGUGAUUUUCAGGCUGCCAACAUGCCAGACGCAGAGCUGUUUGAGCUGAUUUCAGAGAACAGGUCAAUGUCCAGAAAGUUGGAGGACUACGGAGAGCAGAAGUCGACUUCCAUCAGCACAGCAAAGAGACUGGCUGAGUUUCUGGGCGACCAAAUGGUGAAAGAUGCAGGUCUGAGCUGCCGCUACGUCAUCUCCAGAAAACCAGAGGGGUCUCCUGUCACAGAAAGGUGGGACAGACAACACAUUUGUGAAAACUGUUGCUCCUUUUACACACAAACCCCGAGUUUGACUACAGUUGUUUGACCGGUCUUUGUUGCUUCUCAUUCCUCGCUUCAUCCAGACACAUAAAGAAAGUCAUUACUACCAUGUUACAUAGAUUUUCUGCCUCUUAUGCGAUCAAGGGUUGUAGGGAUGACAGACUUUGCAAUAAAGACAGAAUAAAAGCCUCGAGAGUGACACUGAUUGAUGCGUGUCUCUCUCCAUCAGAGCCAUUCCUCUGGCCAUCUUUCAGGCCGAGUCCAGCGUAAAGAAACACUUCCUCCGUAAGUGGUUGAAGAUGCCCAGCCUGCAUGACUUGGACAUCCGCUCGGUGAGUUUAAAUACAGAUUUAAUGCAGUUAAUAGAUGCCUUGGUAAUCAACUUAAGUGCUCUCUGUAACAUCACAAUGGGGGCCUUUCAGAUCCUUGAUUGGAGUUAUUACAUCGAGCGGCUGGGCAGUGCCAUCCAGAAAAUCAUCACCAUCCCUGCAGCUCUUCAACAGGUAAAACUGAGCACGUUUAAUCGGGCCCUUAGUCCAUUUUUGGAUGAUAAAUAGAUGAAAUUUUUAAUUUAUCUGUUAUACUUCUAGGUGAAGAACCCAGUACCCAGAGUGAGGCAUCCUGACUGGCUCCACAAGAAGCUACUGGAGAAAAACGACAUUUACAAGCAGAAGAAAAUCAGUGAACUCUUCACCAGCGAGGGCAAGAGACAGGUUUGUUCACCACACAGCAAAAUGUCAGAUGACCAACACAGAGUUUUCUGUCUUCAUGAGUAGAGAAGCUUCUGUUUUUGGUUUGAGAACAGAAUUAACUUUAUGAAUGAAAAAUAAUGGCGAAUAUUUGUCAGUGUCCUUUUAUCAGGAAACAAGACAAGACGAUGCCGCUCAAAAAUGACAUGGCUGAUAAUCAAACCUUUAAGGGAAUGAAGGUUUAGUCUGGGUAAAUGACACGAUGAGGAGAUAAAAAUGUUUUGGACUUUGCAGCAUUUGGCAUGUUACAGUGUUGGGAACAAAGUGUUAAACUUAUGUGGUUGAAGAUGGCAUAGGAGUGGGUCUGAUCUUACAAGAUUUUUUGUUGAGCAUCUAUGGGUAACAUUUAUUGUUAAUUGGCACUAAACCGAUAAAGAUUGAUUGAUAAUAUUUUGACCUAUAGUGAUGGCUAAGAUUCAACAACUAAAGCUAGACUAGGAGUUUCAGCUUUUGGUCGACUAAAACUGUAAAGGGAAAAGUGUCUUAUGUCUGACACAAAAUCUGAAGCAGUUACAGAAACACUCCUGUAACUCAAUGAUUGAUUUUCAAAUCGUCUGUUUUUCUCUCAGGUGGCCCAUCAGCCUCUUCAACCAGGCCAAGCCGCAGACAUCGAGGACUUUGGAAUGCCAGCCAAACCUCUGCAGCCUGCCAUUCUCAUCAGCACCAAGAGGAAGCGGGUAUCUCAGGGAUCAGACAGCCAGGUGGAGUCUCAGGAUAUGGAGCUCACUCAGUCCUGGAGAGAGAUCCUGGGGCCGCCCCCACUCAUGGGAAACACACGCGUAAGUUUGUGACAACAGACGGUGUUCCCUGUUGUGUCUCUUAGUCCUCAGUCCAAAAUGUAGUAAUAUUUACUCUGUACACAGGAGGAGCGUCUUGUGUGGCUUCGCUACCAUAAAAAGAAGUGGGAGCUUCAGCUGAGACAGAGGAAGGAGAGGAAGAAGAGGAGGAAGCUUCUGGACGGUGGAGCUCAGCCUGUUGGAGGAGGAGUGAUCAGAGACGGCCCCACAACCGGCCUGGGGAGUUUCCUCCGCAAGACGGCGCGCAGCAUGCUGGACAUGCCGUGGCAGAUCGUGCAGGUGGGGUGGUGUUGUCUUGGUUGUCAUCAACAAGCCAGUCCAGAAAUCAUCUCAUCUCAUUAUGUGAGUUUGUGUUUCCUCUCAGAUUGCAGAAACGAGUCACCCUGGUCUGUACAAGCUGUGGGCCGUGAUUGGAAAUGACCUCCACUGCAUGAAGCUCAACAUCCCUCGAGUCUUUUACGUCAACCAGAAAGUCCCAAAACAAGAAGAGGGCGCCACAUACAAAAAGGCAUACAAUAAAAAAAUGAUUACAGUUAUCAUAAAUGUGUUUUAAAGCAAUUGUUGUUCAUACUACAACUUAUUUAUGGUUUCGUUUCAGGUGAACCGCAUGCUGCCUCGCUCAAACAUGGUCUACUAUCUGUAUGAGUACUGUGUGCCAGAGGACAUGUACCAGGAGCACAUCAACGAGAUCAACGCUGACCUGUCUGCUCCAGACAUCGAAGGAGUUUAUGAAACACAGGUAUCAUUUAUCGUUUAGUACCCAUCAGCGCUUUUGUAACCACUCCCAUGAUGCUCUGAAUCUGAGUUAUACGCCUGUGUAAGCAAACUAAAGCAUGAGAGUGAUCUUCUCUUAGGUCCCGUUGCUGUUUCGAGCUCUGGUGCAGCUGGGAUGUGUGUGUAUGGUCAAUAAACAUGCAGUGAGGGAUCUGGCUGGUAGGGAGGCCGACACGUUUGACCUGGAGCACCUGGAGAUGAGGUCCUUGGCUCAGUUCAGCUACCUGGAACCUGGUUAGACCUGAUGUUUGUUUAAUUGAGCAUUUUCUCUCCCUGUAACCUCAUAUUUUACAUGGUAUAGUGUCAGGUAUUGUGACAGUGACUGUAACACCAUGUUUCUCUCUUCUCAGGAAGUGUUCGCCACAUUUACUUGUAUCAUCACAGCCAGGGUCAAAAGGCUCUGUUUGGCCUCUUCAUCCCCUCUCAGCGCAAAGCCAGCAUCUUCGUCCUGGACACUGUAAGAAAAAUACAUCACUGUUUGGCUUAAUGCGCGAUUGUGUUGGUGUUGAAUUGAUGAAAGACUCAUGAGAGAGGAGGUCUAGACUGUGGUUCAGCCUGCAGUUCAGGCUUGUUUGAUUUGCAGAAAGGAAAUUAUACUGUUGUUGUUCUCUAAUUGCCCCUCAUUGCUGGUGUCACUGAUGGUCUGAUCCCUUCAGCUGAGAGUAAACAACCCUGAUGAUCUGCCUGCAUUUUAACUCCUCAGGUAAGAAGCAACCAGAUGCCCAACCUGAGCAACCUCUACACAGCUGAGCGCACCGCUCUCCUGGAGAAGACGACCGAGGAGCUCCUUCCUCCUGAGAAACACAACUUUGAGGUCCGAGCUGAAAAUGACGUGAAGGCCGUUUACCGCGCCCUGCAGCGCAUACUGCUGAACUACAAGGUAAACUGGACUCCUCACGAAAAUGACUGUUUUAAUCGUUUAAAUAAGAUGUUUAAUCAAGGCUCUGCUUCAUCUCGUACUACACAGGAGGAACGUCGUGGACCCACUCUGAUCGCCUUACAGUCAAACUGGGAGCUGAGACGGUUGGCAGCAGGAAUGCCAGUUCUUGAGGAGUUCCCAGUUGUUCCUGUACACGUAGUUGAUGAAAUCAGCUAUAAUGUGCUGGACUGGCAACGCCACGGUGCCCGGCGCAUGGUUCGGCACUACCUCAACCUUGACAGCUGCCUGUCACAGGCCUUUGACAUGGCCAGGUAGGAACCAUCCACCGCCGUCUGAAGGAUUCAUAUUCCUGCUGACAGACAGAAAAGUUUGAUAAUAACCAAAGGCACAUCUCUUGCUUUCAGGUAUUAUCACUUACCUGUGGGAAACUUGCCACAAGACGUGUCCAUCUUUGGCUCAGACUUGUUCCUGGCAAGACAUCUGCGAAAACACAACCACCUGCUGUGGCUGUCACCCACAGCGAGGCCUGACUUGGGAGGAAAAGAGGCCGAUGACAGUCGUCUGGUGAUGGAAAGUGAUGACAGGUGCUCAGUGGAGAUCAAUGCUCCAGGAUGUUAUUCCACAGGUACAGACAGCAGGGACACAGUCAUUAAAAAAACAGACAAGCAUUCUUGGAGUCUUGUGUAAAAAAAUAAACAAUUCUGUUUCUGUCAGUUUGUGUGGAGCUGGACCUGCAGAGCUUGGCAGUGAACACCAUCCUUCAGUCACAGCAUGUCAACGACAUGGAGGGCGGGGCCAGUCUGGGGGUCAGUUUUGAUGUGAUCCAGCAGGCCUCGUUACAGGACAUGAUGUCUGGGAACCAGGGAGCCAGCGCUCUGGCCAGUUAUGACGAGACCGCCCUCUGCUCGAACACAUUCAGGUGUGUAAACACACGCUCUAACAGACAAGUGUGGCCAAGGGGUGAACUCUGCACACCUACUGUGAGGUUUAUUUUCAUGUUGUGCAUAAUUGUUUCGCUCACCUCAGUGUUUUCUCUCUGUGUGUGAGCAGGAUCCUGAAGAGCAUGGUGGUUGGAUGGGUCAGAGAAAUCACGCAAUACCACAACGUGUACGCAGACAACCAGGUGAUGCACUUCUACCGCUGGCUGCGCUCACCCAGCUCUCUGCUCUAUGACCCCGCACUUCACCGCACACUGCACAACAUGAUGAAGAAGGUGUUUUUCCAGUAAGUGCCACACCAUUCCCUCAACUGUAACACAUGUUCAUAUUUUAUUUAAGCCUGUUUUCAGCUUAAGAUUGUCUUAGGCCUUUUCUCAUCAACAGAAAAGAGAUAAUACCGUCUGUGCUUGAUGAUAUGUAGACAGAUUCUCAGCCUCUUUAAAGACCAUUUUUCCCCUGAGUAGUUAUCAAUCUCUUUCCUGUCUUUCAGAGACAUGCUAACUAAUCUUUUUGUAGUCGCUCCCAACAGCAUUUGAUCUACUUCAUAUAAAACAAAACGGAACGAGACACCUGAGUCAUUGGGGAUGUGUUUUGAAUAUGCUGAAUGAAUGUUGGCGUGUUUAUCAGAGGACUAAAUCACAUUAGCUGUAGCUACUUGUGAGCUGUGUACCUUUUUCUGAUCCAUGUCAGGAAAUUCAAUAUGAUGGUGUUUUGUCUUACCUUUAUGUAUUUCCAUCUUUUCACAAGAGCAUAGAGAAGAACUACACUGUCAUCUACCAUAGAUAGAUAGAUGCUGUCAGCUAAAAAUAAAUGUGAUAUGUUGAAAAAACUCUCCUUCUGUUGUCAGGUUGGUUGCAGAGUUCAAACGUCUCGGCUCAACUGUAACGUACGGAAACUUCAACAGGAUCAUCCUGUGUACCAAAAAGCGGAGGAUUGAUGACGCCAUCGGCUACGUAGAGUACAUCACCAACAGGUCAGACGGAUAGUCUUUGCAGGUUACAAAAAGAGCAUGUGUUUGUUAAAAGUGGGUUUAAAGAGAAAAGGUAUGACUUAUAUUCUGAAUAGAAAAAUAUACUUUCUACAUCCAUGCAUGAGGAUAAUUCAAGGAAGAAAGCUUGAGCAAGUUUAUUCAAACAAACCGAGAAAACCUUUUGUUGUGUUUGAGCCAAAACACUAAAAUCAGAGUUAAAAAAAAAAUAACCACCCAUUAGAGCAGUGAGAUGGUGUUGUGGUCUCUAUCAACAAAAGUAAAGUCUCUGAGGCACACAGAGGAGGAAAACUAUCCAUUAGACUAAUGGCAGGAAAGACAAGGGGUGAAAUCAGGCAACUACUGUUUAUUGACGUUGUAACUGAGGGGUCUAAUAUCUCAAUUUUAGUCAUCGUGAUGUCCUCGUGGUGAAAACUAAAUGUUUCCCCUGCUCUUGAGGCUGCAUUACAGCGGCAUUUGAUAAAUCAGUCCCACAAUAAAAAAGCCUGAUCCUUUUUUUCUUUUUGGAUCAAUAUAAUAAAUGAUCAUUUCUGACUGUCUGUGCAUUAGCAUUUUUAAAGUGGUCAGCCCCAGAAGUCUCUCUUUUUCUCUCUCCUCACAUAACCUAGAAUCUGGCUCUCUCUAUUUGUAUAUUUAGCCUUUAUUUCACCAAGUUAGUCCCACUGAGAUCACAAAUCUCUUUUACAAGGGAGACCUGGCCAAGAGGGCAGCAGCAUAGUUCAUUUGACAGAAAAUACUCACAGCAUCUCAACAUUAAAACAAUCUCACAUUAAACAUUUACACACAGAUGAGGUAGAUUGUAAUGAUUUCACUAAAGUUUUGAAGUCAUUUAGUGUCACAAGAGCUUGAGGGCGAAGUUCAGACUGUAAUUUGUUCCAUUCUAGUGAGUGAGGCGUUGAAUAUGUAAGAAUUGCAGUUAUCUCUCCUAACAAACUGUUUCUCCUCUAGUAUCCACUCAAGAGAAAUCUUCCACUCCCUGUCAAUCACCUUCUCUCGCUGCUGGGAGUUCCUCCUUUGGAUGGACCCGGCUAACUACGGCGGAGUGAAAGGCAAACUGCCCUCCAGCUUUCUGUUAGGAGAGGUAAGUCAAACUUUGGCCUCUGAAUGGGCUCCGAUCAAACAUGUACGACAACACCGAACUCAUGCCUCCUCUCCUCAUUCAGGAUGGAGCCAAAGAGAAGAAAAAGAGUCCGGUGGAUGGAGAUGAUGAGGGGAGUGACGAUGAGGAGGAGAAUGAGGUGGAGGAAGAUGAUGGUGAUGGAGAGACAGAUGAGGUGGAGGAGCAGAUUGAGAGCAGCUGGAACAUUAUGCAGUAUUUGCCCCAAACUGCAUCCUGUCAGAAAUACUUCCUCAUGAUUGUCUCCGGUAAGAAGAAAUCAAUACACUUUUUUUUUCUUAUUUCCUACUCCACAACUCUCCCUGACACAAACUUUUUUCCACACCAGCGUACAUCGCAGCGGUCUACCACAGCAUGAAAGAGGAGCUGAGGCGCAACGCUCCUGGGGCCACACCAGUCAAGAGACGUGGCGGGAGCCAGGCAUCCCAGCAGGCAGUUGGAGACUUAAGUGCUCUUCCUGGUAAGAUGUAGUGAGUGUGACGAAUAUCUGGCAGACUUUAGUCUACGAAGGUCGGCUUAUAACCAUAACUUGAUGGAUUUCUAAUCUGAUCUGAUUUUUUUUAUUUAAACUCCCUCCCACAGGAAUGAUCUCCUUCUCUCAGGAGUAUGUUGCCAGUGAGCUGACCCAAAACUUCUUCAACAUCACUCAAAAAAUCCAGAAGAAGGUGACAGGUACCAGGAGUGUGACCCAGCCCUCAGAGAUGUUCCCUGUCCUGCCUGGAUCCCAUCUUCCCCUUCACAACCCCGCUCUGGAGUUUAUCAAAUAUGUCUGCCAGGUAAUAUUACUCAUCAAACCUAUCACAUAUGAACUGGCAACAUUAUUGACUCUGGGAGUGGCAAUGAACUGGUGUUGCUAGUGGUUAGUUAGUGAUCAAUGACUUUCGGGUUUGAAGAUUGAAUUGGAUUUUUUAAGGAGACUGAAGUGCAGAAAAGGGAUGAGUCAUUACCACCAGCAAGAAUGUUAUUGUGGAGAUUAGAUUAAUGGAUGUUUUUCUUCAAGUCACCUGAUUUAUGAUUGGUCAAUAACUGAAACUAUAACACAUGAAUUAUCUGUCCUGUCUCAUCAUUUCUCUUCAGGUCCUUUCGCUGGACACCAACAUUGUGAACCAGGUCAACAAGCUGAAAAGAGACCUGCUGCGUCUCGUCGAUGUUGGAGAGUUUUCUGACGACGCCCAGUUUCGUGACCCCUGCAACUCCUAUGUCCUCCCUGAGGUCAUCUGCCACCACUGUAACUUCUGCCGUGACCUUGACCUCUGCAAGGACCCGUCUGUAGCACAAGUGAGAGGAGGGGCAUAGAUGUGAAUCAUAACAAUACUAUGAAUGCUCCUGUUUCUGAACAUGCCUGUUAAAAAAGGCUCAAAUCUCAGUUUGAUUUUCUUCUCUCAGGAUGGAUCUGUGUUGCCUCAGUGGUUCUGCUCAAACUGCCAGGCGCAGUAUGAGACUGAGUCGAUCGAGAUGGCUCUUGUGGAAGCUCUGAAGAAGAAACUGAUGAGCUACACACUGCAGGACCUGGUGAGAAAGAAAAAAAUCAAUGCUAAACAUUGUUCUACAUGUAACACAUUUGUUUCAUUUACACCAUGAAAAAAAAAAUCUUUUUCAUGAUUGUAGGUUUGUGCAAAAUGUAAAGGAGUGAAGGAAGCAAACAUGCCUCUGUACUGCAAAUGUGCCGGAGACUUUGAACUCACCUUCCCAGCCAAGGUUUGUUUUUUCCACUUACUUACGUGACAUCUAACAUUGUCUCAUUGCAAAUCAUUGAAUUCAGCAAUGACUGGGCAAUUGUUCCCCUGUGACUUUUUUCUCUUCUGUCUUUUGCAGAGCUUCUCAGAGCAGAUCACGGUGUUUCGCAGCAUAGCGUCUCACUACUCCAUGAACUUCCUGGAAGAAACCAUCGACUGGUUGCUUGUAAUGAGUCCACACAUAAGUCAAACUCACUAAGUGUGACAUCCACCACAAAUCCCUCAGCUACAUUUGUGGAAAGUGAUUUUAAAUGUGGGAAACGUUCCCAUUUUGUGCACUUGUUCAUUAGCCUUCAUAAUGUCAGUUUGUGGAUGUAAAAUCAG